AUGGGAAGGCAACCUUGUUGUGACAAGCUUGGUGUGAAGAAAGGGCCAUGGACUGCUGAGGAGGACAAGAAAUUGGUGAAUUUUCUCCUCGCACAUGGCCAAUGCUGUUGGCGAGCAGUCCCCAAGCUCGCCGGCCUCAGGCGCUGCGGCAAGAGCUGCCGCCUCCGGUGGACUAACUACCUCCGGCCUGACUUGAAAAGAGGCCUCCUUAAUGAAGCUGAGGAGCAACUUGUCAUUGACCUCCACUCCCGUCUUGGCAAUAGGUGGUCAAAAAUUGCGGCAGGAUUGCCUGGAAGAACUGACAAUGAGAUCAAGAACCACUGGAACACACACAUAAAGAAGAAGCUUAUCAAGAUGGGCAUUGAUCCAAUCACCCAUGAACCUCUCCGCAAGCAAGUCACUCCACCAGAAAUGCCUUGUAAACCAAACAAUCCACCUGCAGAUUUAGACAUGAAUCAGCAGAACGUGAAUAUCCCAGAACAUGGAAUCUCUUCUGCAGCUGAAAGUUCCUCAAGCAAUGAAUCCCAGCCAUUGGAGCCUAACCUAAAGAGUGAAGAUGACCCGUUGAUGAGCUACAUAUUAUCCGACACAUUCCUGGAAGAUUUGACAUGGGAUUUUUCAGCCUCAUCAGAAGAUAGCUCACCAGCUGAUAAUCCGGCGGAGGAUAAUAGCUUAGCAUGGUUCUUGGAGUGUAAGGAUUUUGGAGUUGAAGAUUUCGAGCUCGGGUAUAUCAAUUAG